GGUUGGUAUCCCUGAGAUGCACUUCAAUAUGCAGUGGCUUGACACUGGCGGCUGUCGUUAUGUCGUACAAUGUAUUUACAUUAUAAUUUAGGGAACGACAUUUUUUCUCAAGAUUAUCAACAGUUAUAUCUUCAGUAUGAAACGCUCGGUAACUGAAGAAAAUGGAGAAGCAAAGAGAUCUUUUGUUAAACAAGAAUGUAUCAAUUUUGGAUACGAUGGUUCCUAUCCUGCUUAUACUUCAUCAUCUUCAUCCCCUUCGACUGUCACACAACCUUUGCCAGGACAACCACCAUUACCUCCCAUGCCUCCUCCUUCUAGUGGAGUUCCACCACCUCCACAUGUAUUUGGACCAGUGCCUUCUCAAGUUACACCUAUACAGGCAUGGACACAUCCUCCUGCACCAUGGCAAUGGAUAACACCUCAAACAUCUCCUUUACCUCCUCCACCCCCACGUGAUAUGACUGCAAAUUCAUUUCAAAGAGAAAUGCCUCUCAGAGGUAAUUACAUGAGACGAGAAAGGUUUACACACAAUAAAAGUAAUAUGUAUGUUCAAAGAAAUAAUUUUCAUCGUAAAAAUAGAAGACUUCCACGUUUUGGACAAACUCAGGGUCAGUUUGAUCAAGCAGCAUAUUUUGGUGCAACAUUGAGUAAUAACCUUGGUUUGGAAUGGCAAAGAAAUAAUUACACUGCCUCUACAGGUGAUACAAUUAUGAAUCACAUGCCUCUUCCUAAUCAUCCUUUGCCUCCUAUACCACCAGGGAUUUUGACAAAUAGACAUGGAGAAGAAACUUCAGAUCAGGAUGCUAAAAUUGUUAUGGAAGAAGUUGUUGUUAAAAAGAAUAAACAAAGAAAACCUAUGUCCCAAAGUUAUCCUAGUCGACCAUGGAAUAGAGAAGAUGCAGAAAGAGCUUUGAAAAUUGAAAACGAAUAUAACAAAACAGUCAAAGCUCAGAGUUUAAUAAUAAAAUUCCCAGACCCUGAUUUAAACAAAGAUAUUGUGAGGGAAUUUCAUCCUGGUAUACAGAAUAUUCAUUUUCAAAGUCCCAGUGGUCCUAGAUAUUGUUUUAUACAGAUGGCAGAAAGUGUUGAUAUUGAUGAAGCUAUAAAGGAGUUGGAAAAAAUACCCUUUGGAGUAGGUCAUUUGAAAGUUGAAAGAAAAUCCCUUAGGGAUGAAGAUAAUCCCAUGCCUGAAGAAAUAGAUCCAUAUACAUUAUACAUAGGAAAUUUACCAGAAUCUGUUAACGUUAAUGAAGUAAAAAGUAAGUUUCCAACAGCUGCUCGAGUAGAUGUAGGGUAUGCACAAAAAAUGAGAAAUACUCGGUAUGCUUUUAUAAGGUACAAUAGUGUGGAUGAAUCCAUAUCUGCUUAUAAACAAGCACAUGAUUUAAUGUGGGAUACCAGAAGUAUUAUUGUUAGAUUUAGAAGGCAGCGUGGUAAUACUUGUCUUCCUGGAGAACCUAAACCUAAUAUUAAAAAGGUUAAAGAAGAACCAAAUAGUAAUUCACAAAUAAAGAAAGAACAGAAAGCUAAUCAUACCGAAAAAAAUGAGGCAAAACUAGAAACUGAUGUAGGAAAUAGAAUACAAGAUAAUUCUAGUAAAAUGCAAAAUAAAACGUCAUCUCAGGUUCAAGAACAAAAUGCAAAUUUGCAAUCAUCUUCUUCCUCUACACCAACUUCAAUUGCUUCAGCCAAAUCAGCACAACAACAACAACCAUGGACUAGUCAACCACCUCAAAUACCUUCAGCAUCUGAAGCUCCUCCACCUUGUUCAACAGAAAGAGAAUCGGUUCCAGAAACGAUAAUGCUUACAGAAAUUAAGGAAGAGCCAGCAGAUUAUGAAGAAAUGGAAUGUAAUAUUCACUCUGAUGAUGAUAUAGACGAUGAUAUAGAUGAUGACGAUGAUGACGAUGAAGAAGAAGAAGAAGAGGAAGAAGAAGAAGAAGACGAUUCAGAUGAAAAUGAUGAUAAUAAUGAAGACGAUUAUGAAGAUGAGGAGGAAGAUAUAGAUGAAAGUAGAAAUUUAUCGUUAAAUAAUAAACGAGAAAUUGCAGAAGUUAACGAACCAUCUGAUCAUCUUGACCAAAUGUUCAGUGAAUUAGAGAACAUGACUGAUGACAUCAGUUUUUAAUUCGUUAAAUUGAACUCUCACACCGAUUAAUAUUUGAUUUAAAAAAGAGGUUGACGUCCUGAUGUUGAUGUGUACAUAAUUCUAGUUCAAAAGUGAGAUGAAUGUAACGAGUGAGACUGCAUUUAUUU